ACUUCCUGCUGUAAACUCAUAUAAACCAAUCGAAAUCCCCUGCUAUCGGACUCUGUGAAAUGGAUCGGUGUGUGCUUGUUUACGCUAUCUUGGCGGUUCUUCUUGGAUUUUGGCCGCAUGUCUUAGAGUCGACAAAAUGUACAAAGAAAACCAUGUAUUAUGCAGCACAGCAUUACUGCGCCUCGAGGACUCUGUGGUGGUGUGACUCGAGUGGAUACAGACGUAUAUCAGUUUACGAAAUCUCGACCGUCUGCUGCCCGGGCUACAUUGGCUCUAACUGCGAGACCCCGAUAUGUAAUCCUCCGUGUGCCAAUGGGGGAACCUGUGUUGCUCCGAACCAAUGUUCCUGUCCUUCUAUAGUUGGAGGAAAUAAUUGCCAAGAACCGGUCACGUGUUCGCAUUUACAACCUUGUUUCCCCGGGACAUGUAACGGUAGCUCUUGCAUUUGUGAUGAAGGUUUCAGUGGAGCAUCCUGUCUUCAAAUGGAAAGUCCGCAAACGGCAACGUUGUCAAGAUUUAACGCCACCCUAAAGAACGUCAAGAGAUCAGAUAAUCGCCAGCUGUACCAAUAUAACGCCGACGCUUUCUCUAGCUUUGAAUUACUGUGGGUGGGCCGGAAGAGUUACAACUACUUCCUGAUUGAUUUCGAGGCAAUCUACAAUCCCAACAUUCCCUACCCGCCGUCUUACAUCAACGGCUCAGCUUUUGGCAUCAUAUCAACGCACAGCCGUGUUAUUCUCUCAAAAAUCGGUCGAGGAGGAAGUGGAACCACUGACGUCAGUCUGAACACGACCCUCCCGUGUCCCGUGUCCUACAAUGACACGUCACCGUCCACUGAGGUGUACAGGUGCCACAUUUCUUACGAUCAGUUUGACAGAACCUUGGAGGACGGCGAUAAUUUAACCAUUGAAGCCGUUGUUGAAACCGGCGGUUACAGAGAUCUCUGGCACAAUGGUCAGUUCUACACGCGGGAGAGUUUCAAUCGGUCCAUAACCAAUACGCAUAUCAACUUUAUGUUUGACUUCACUAAGCCUAAACACUGUUCUUACACUAACAAUUGCUCCACAACAAAUGAUGUUCCUCUGAAAAUCCCACUUGAUGCAUCCAAGGAUCCUUUCACCUUUGGCGUUGAUGAUUGGAGUGACAUACCUUCUGGAAUUGAGAAAUAUUUCCUCGAAUUCCAUCGAAUGAGAAAAAGACUCCAUACUCAAACCCUUACGGAGGAAGCUCCGAUGAACCCAUUCUAUCGAGAGGCGAGAAAUGAAUCCAGUCUUCCGUUCCCCGAGUUUACUCCGCCAGAUUCGGGCAUUUACUCCGUAAUUCUACAGGUCACGGAUAAAGCAAACAAUUCAGAAUUUGCCAGACAGAUCGUCAUAUAUGACCCAAACUCUACUAUCACAACAACUGGAGAAAACAACUUUCAUGUAUCCAGCGCGGAGAAAGAGAGCAAUUAUAACUGGCAAUCCAGAUGCUCUACCGUGCGAGUCACGUGGGAAAACUACUUUGAAAAUUCGUUUCACAUCGACAACCAUUUCUUGCUCCCUGUAGAGGAUUUUCCAACUCAGUUUCGAGGCGGCAACGUGGAGGAAUUAAAAGACGAAAUCGUGAAGAAGGUUAAAACUUUUUAUGAUGACCAUGAUGGAAAGAGAACAAUCUCUGCCGUGAAACACGUGAAUGGAAUAACAGAAUUUGAGUACUACUAUACUUACAUAUCGUAUUCAAAGUCAACCGGAAAUGAAACACAGAAUGAAACAAGCACUAAUGGAAUCAUGAUUUCGACUGAAACUCCUUACACAACGAUGGCAUCAACUGAAAUUGCUACAAACAUUGAUAAUUUUACUAAAAGUUUAAAUAAUACCGAAACAGAUAAUAACAGUAGUACUGUCGCCAUGACUUCCGUUACCGUAGCAACAACUGGUGCCGUGACCACAGGUUCCCCUUGUUUGCCUACUCCAAACACGGGGAACACCGAAAACCAAUGGAUAAAGAUUCAGAACAUCUCGGGUGGUACACAUACUAUUGUACAUCAGUGGGAGGAUGGUGACAGUAUAAACAUUUCAGUCCGUGCCCGCGAUAUCGUAAACAACACCAAGGUUGCUUCCAGACUUGUAAGCUUUGACUCAUCGCCCCCGUACUCAAGUGAAGCAGUAUUCUCGAAAAAUACAGGCAACAGAACAUUCGAAUUUUCCAGCAGUGUACGAACAAGAGCAUCAGACAAGCACAGCGGAGUCCGACAAUUACAAUGGCGCCUGAUAACGAACGGAGAGAUAUACGAGGAAGGGUACUUCAUCAACGAUCCAAUUAAGGCGGCUGACUGCAUAGACUCUGAGAAAUGCUACUGCAUCCCCAUGGGUGACUGCUUUAACAUAGACAUGGAGUUUGACUUUAACAACUGUUGGCUGGCCAUUGACAAACCUCUAUUGUCCAAUGCGUCUUUAAUUUUAGAACUCGAGGCAUUCAAUCAAGCCAUGUUAUCGUCCAAUGUAACACGUUAUAAGCUGAACCAUCUUACGUCAUUUGAUGGAAUUGACGACAGUUCAGGGAUCACAAAUUUGAAGAGCGAGGAUUUAGGGAUCGGGAUCAAGCUCACGUGGGACACUGUCCCGUCCUGUUACAGAGUCUCCUACAUCUCAAUAUUCCUGUAUACCGACUGCGAUAAAUCCAAGCCCCCAAAGGAAAUAUCCCUCCCUACAGAUAGAAACGAGUUAGAAAUAACAAAUCUGGAAUCUGGAAAAGAAUUCUGUAUCGAGGUCAUUUCAAAUAGUUCGGGAAUCGCAAGUCCCAUUGUGAGCAAAUUGACCUUUAAAACUGCAGCUAACAUCCCUAUAGCUAUGAUUGCGGCUGUCAGCGCAGUGAUCGCCAUUUUACUAGGAAUUAUUGUUAUCUUCGUCAUCCUCUGGAGAAACGGACACGUGAAGCCGGAAACAAAGCGGAGACUGACCAUGUACCUUAAGAGACCGGUGACCUUGAUGCAGGGUUUGAGAAGGCAAACGGGGUUUUACAGUGGUAGGUUCCAAGACGAGGACAUCUACGACUUUGGUAAAAUGGUGUUCUCUGAAAACGAAGGAUGGUUGUAUGGAUUUGACGAUAUUGACCUGAAGGGAAAAUUAAAAUCCGGAGGAUUUGCCGAUAUCUACCUAGCAAAGAUUUGCAAAAAGGAUAUGGCGGUGGCCAAAAUUCUCAAAGAGGACCACACUGAGGAGGAUCGUCUGGUCCUCCAGGCAAAGAUCAGCUUCUUCGCUACAGAGGUCCCUCCCCACGACAAUAUCAUUCAGUUCCUCGGCUCCGUCCUCAAUCACCCACUAUUUGGUCCCUAUAUGUUACUGGAGUACUGUGAGCUGGGGCCGAUGAGAGAUUGGCUGGUUGAACACAGAAAUAAAGUGAACGAUGAACUGAUUACGGAGUUUUGUAAACUGGUCCAAGGAAUAGCAAAAGGAAUGGAGUGUUUAGCGAUCAAAGGGAUUGUUCAUAAAAGACUUGCUACAAGAAAUGUUCUUCUGACCUCACGCCUAGUUCCAAAAAUAGUAGGCUUUGGACCGACACCGGAAGAAGGAAAGAACGAGGUAGACAAGAAGGGUGGCAAGAAUCGAAAACCUAUGAAGUGGCUCGCUCCGGAAUGUUACGAAUUUAUGCAGAACUGUACCACAAUGAGUGAUGUGUGGGCCUUCGGUGUUGUUAUAUGGGAGACAUUUAGCACUGGACAGAACCCAUAUCCUGGAAUGGAUGCGAAAAUCGUUCCAAUGAAAGUAAAGAGCGGGUAUAGAAUGAGUGUACCAGAGUUUUGUCCAGAAACUCAUGGAUCAAUAAUGGAAAAAUGCUGGGCAACCAAACCGAAGGAUCGACCGACGUUCACCAACAUUGUAACACUGCUGGACAGCUAUUACGAUGCACGGUACCCGUGUGACUAUGAGAUUGCGGACACCGUAUAGUUAUUGAUAAAAUCCAACAUUUGACUCCUUCUUAAUAAGUGUUCAUGGACGAUAUUUUUUUUUGGCUUGGGCUAUUGACUUCAGGGUGAAAUAUUGCUUGUUUUAUUUAUAACACAAUAUUUUUUUUUAUCAAAUUCACAUUUUGUCAAAACAUCAAACCGUUUGUAUUUACAUGUAUUUUAAACAUUUACUUUAGUACAUAUUUUUAUGUAUUGUCAAGAUUGAUCCAUUAGUGAGGAAAGAUAAAGUGUCCUAUUGACCACUUCUUAAAGAUUAUACUUGUUGAUGCGAAGAAAACAAAUGCCAUAUUUAAUGAAGCUAAGCUUUAUUAAUAUUUUUUGUUAUCAUUUUGUAUUUAUGAUUGCAAAUUAUUGAUAAUAAUUAGUAUCAUAUAUGUGGUUUUUUAUUUUAGUAUACAUGUACUAACAUUUAUAUUUUUUCACUUUUCGUCGAAUACAUGAAAUAAACCUUUUUUCUGAUUCUGUGACGAAAUCCCAAAUCAUCGUAAAUCAGUGUUCCACAUACUGCAGGUUCAAUUGUCGAUUCUGAUUUUCAAUUUUGAUUUACAGAUAAAUUGAAUGUACAUUUUGUUUACAAAUAUACUCUUUGAGCACUCAAAAACUAUGCAGGGAUUCUAUUGUUGUGUGUUUAUUUAAGCUUUAAACUGUUCCUUCGUUAUUAUUAUUUACCAUUUACUCUCUUAUCAAACAUACCGGAGACAAUCAUAUUGUAAACAAUAAUUACUUAAUAAAGCAUAUCAAUGAAGUUAUACAAUCAUGUAUUUAUUUUCAUAGAAAUAAACGUUUUAAACAAAUUUUUUUCCAGCUAAUAGGGUAUCAACCAAAGAUUGCAAAAAGAAAACUUGUUUAAGUAGAAGUUUGCAUUGAUACAUUCGUUGUUCGUCCAUUUGUUUUUCUUAUUUAAAAAUCCAUCGAUCGAAAACAAAUACUAUAAAAAAAUCAUUUUUAGCAUAUUAUUGUUCUUCUAAAAUGAAAUUAAAACAGAUGACUAUGUUCA